AUGGAGAAGUACUUUUUUAAAGUAUCAAAUUCAAGUUCUAUUGCUCAGAAUCAACCUAACGGGGAAGAAAAUGCUAAUAAUUUGGAAGUACCAUCACAUUCUUCUCAAGAAUUUGAUUUGAGUUCUUUAAAGGCUGAUCCAGGUGAAAGAACUCAAAUCUUGGAAUUUCAUCCAAAUCACCGUGACGUUAUUAGAAGAGCUUAUCUCCAAAAAAAACCUUGUCAACCUCUAUUAAGAGAGUUUCCACAAACAAACAUUUUUGGAGAUGUGCGUCGUUUUAAUCAUAAAUGGUUUGAUGAAUUUCCUGAUUGGUUAGAGUAUAAUAUAAGUAAAGAUACAGCCUUUUGCUUGUAUUGUUAUUUAUUCAAGCAAAAUAACAAUCUUCAAGGCGGAGGUGAAACAUUUUCGAGUGUGGGGUUUAGAAGUUGGCAUAAAAAAGCUAGUUUGCAAACACAUAUUGGUGGGCAUACUGCAUCCGUUGAAAGAGCUUUUUUGGGAAUGAAAUUUAUUAAGAAUGAGUUGCGAAGUCGAAUGAAUGAUGACUUCUUGAGCGGUUGCAUGGUUCCUUUUAUGGAGAAGGAUGUGUUUAAGGAUGUUUCAACGGAUGAUAUUAUUUUGUCUUUUCAAGCAAUGAAACCUCGUCGAAUAGUAUUGUAA